AUGAGGGGAUGGAUGGAAUUUCAAAAGAAAUUGUUCCUCGCUUACCGCAAAGAGAAGCGAUUGAUGGCAUCGAGCGAGCUGCUGGAAGAAUCGGAGCAGCUGGAGCUUAUUCGCGCAAGAGCAAGACGCAGAACAUUCAUGCAGAAAGUCGGCAAGGCGGAAAAGAAAAGAGCGCGAUUGAGAAGGGAGGAGGAACAAAGAGAGGAGAAGCGAAAGCUCAAAACUGCACGACGCUUGGAGCACGAGGCCAAUUCGGAGCGAAAGAUUCGCGAGCAGAUUCGCGAGCAAGAGCGCAAAGCUGCUUGGGCGGAGGCCGAAGAGGAGAGGAUACAGAGACAGGAGGACGCGUUGAGAGAGGAGGCCAAUCAAGCGGAUGGCAUGUCCACAGCUCCUGCUCAUCCUGCCGAGGGUGCAUCGACAAGCCAGCAGGUUGCGCACCACGCCCAAUCCGGUCGCGUCGCUAUCAGUCCAGCCGUGUCGCCUUCGCCUCCGAGAACUUCGGAUGAAAAGAAAGUCGAGGAUGUCAAACUAGAUCCUUGGCGAGCAGAUUCCGUCGCUUCGGGUCUCGAUGAUGUCGACGCCUUCCUCCAAGCGCACAUCAACGGCGGUACACGUCCCACUCCGCCCGGUUCCGCCGCUUUGUGGGCCACCGCCGAAUUUGGCCUGGUCAUCGUAGCUUCCAAAGAUGGCAGGUAUAAAAUCAGAGCCAAGGUGCCCGGAGAGCUCAGCAGGUGGAUCGAAAAGGAUCGAGUGCCCGACGUGUUGGUAGUGCACUGGCGAAAAGGGAGGGAGGACAGGGAUGCCGAAAGACAGAAGCGCGCUUCGAAGAAAGCGCAGCAGCUUGCCAUUGGCAAGAGGGCGAAUGAGGAGGAUGCGAAUGAAACGGCGGAACGGGGCCUCGAGGCCGAAGAUGCCAGCCAACGCAAUACUUCUUCUCGCCAAAAGAAGCGCCGUAGAGUGCAGGCUGACGAGCGAUUGGUGAGUCUGCUGAAGCAGGUGCUUGUAGGUCUGCCCACCAACUCACUUGCCGAACGCGGAUGCUGCUCACCCAGCCGAUCAACUCGGAUGGACCGCUCGAAGCGUCCGAGAAGCCAAUGGAACUAGAUGACGACGCGAGCCAACAGAGAGCAAGCGACGACGCUCUAACAAAUGCCGGAUCCGUGCUGCAUUACUCCAUGGGUGAAGAUCCCGAAGUGGUGAUCGAACGGAAGAGCGAGCCAAGCAGACCUCGUCCUUCGCACCCUCCGCCCACCACCAUGGGUGUGGACGCUUCUCAGCCCUCUGGUCCAGUGACGCGACAAUCCAUGCCCAGCGCGUUUGUGUCCCAGACACAAUCGGUGCCGACGCCGUCGAACAGCUUCUCGCCUGCCGCAGCUGCCAGAAUUGCCGCUCUUCCUGACCCGAACGUGCAAUCCGCCGCGUCGGAAGCGAGAGCUGGAUUUGGUCCCUUGCCUCGUCUCGGUCCCGAAGUCUUCCAAGCGCACCUUCGAGCUCAGGCCCUUGCGGAAGGCGAACUUUGGCAAUGUGAACCUCGACAUGCCGCACAGGCCCGUGCGACGUUGGUGAAGCGUGCAGGGGAAAAGCGCGAGGCUUCGACGAGCACUGGUCAGCAGAGCAGCGGCAACUCUGCCAGCCCCUUUGGCGAAUCUGGAGUAGAGGCAAAGGUGGUCAGAAUUGGGGACCUCAUCAUUCCUGUGGCUGAUCCAGAUGCGCAGACUAGGGAGGAAAGGCGAGCUGCUGAGCUGGCUGGCGCUUUGGACUUGAACGCGACGGACGAAGAUGCGAUGCAGAAGGUCGAAGCUGCUCGACGUGCUGGAUUGCGCCAGCCUGCGAUGCGCGAGCAGAACCACUGUCCGCCCGUAGAGGAGGCGGAGAUGUCGGCACGCUUGCAGGCAAAAAGUCGACCUGCUUCGAGCAGGCGCUCGCGAAGACGCAAGCCUUCUCGAUCGAAGCGUUCCUCGGCACCUCUGGGAGAAGCCGAAGGCAUGUUUGAAGAGCUUGAGGAAGGGCAAGCUGCACAGUCGUCUGGCGCUCAAAACCCCGGAGCUGAAGCUGCUCGAGACUCUUUUCCUCCUCCUUCUGCUCCUCUGCCGUCCCAUCCGCCUGUCGCUUCGACGCCUCGCGAGGCCGACGGCGUGACCGAUGCGGUGCGUGGCCCCGAGUCGCAUGUGAGCAAGGAAGAACUCCUCAAAGAUCCGCACACACCAGAAGCACGACGAAGCAUUGUUCGUCUCGUCGAGCAAAGUCCCUAUGUGCCUGCAUUUUUGAAAGGAGAAGUGCAGCGCUUUUUGCUUAAACACGAUCAGUCCGAAGCGCAGGCGAGCGUCUCCACACAACAUCGUGGUGCGACACAUCAGUCCCUGUCGCAAACUCAAGAAGAGGCUGGUUUCUUGCCGACCAAAAAGGAGUGGCUGUUCGAACUGGAACGCGGAGAUGCCAGAACACCUUACCUCGUCUUGGCUCUCUUUACCGAUCAUCAGCAGCAGCAAGACAUGCAAGCUGAUCAGCCCGGGCUGGACUACGAGCUGUCGACGUUGGACGAAGAGAGCGUCAGGCAGGUCUAUUCCGAUCCGGAUUACGAUCCAUGGCUCGACAAGAACGGGCAUUUGUUCGUCGUGCGAGGAUUCCCUGCACCGGUAGCUUGUGCAGGCGCAGGUACGGAUAUCGAGAGCUUCGGCAGUGCAAACCUUGCCAAUCGUCAGCCGACGAGUCAGAGCUUGUCAAUCGAAGACGUUAAAUCCACUCCAGCUUGGCUCGACCUUCAAACGCAAAACGAGAAUCUUUACGCUAGUCUGCAAUCUGCCAAGAAUGAUCACGACAAGAUGAGCCAUCUGCUCGAAUCUGCGGAGCAUCAGCGGCAAGAAGCGAGGGAAGAGGUCGCUUUCAUUCGGACACUGUACGACCGAGCUUCCGAGGCUGCUGCAGAGUCUGCAAACGACUUGCGACACGCUGAGAACAGGGUGCGUCAGUUGGAAAGCCAGUUGGCCGACGGGCUAAACGCUUUCAGAACGGCAGCGCGAUCUCAAAGACUUGAUUUGGAGGGCAGAUUGAAACGUAGCCAGGAUCAGGUCAGGUUGCUCCUGGCUCAAGCCGCGCUUACCGACGACGAGAUCAGAUCGGAUGCGCAGAGGUGGAGAGAGCAUGUGGCUGAGGAGAAGAGGGCCAAGAAGAGAGCUGAGCUGGAGAUGAAGAGGUUGGCCAGGGAGAGAGAGGAACGAAAAGAUCUGCUGAGCAUGCUGGCUGGUCCCAAAAAGGCUAGAAAGUCUCAAAAUGCGAUGGAAGAUGAUGAAGAGCAGCAGCAGCAGCAGCAACGAGGGUUGCAGCGUCAGACAGCUCUUGCAGGCGCCGAUCUAACUGCUACUCUUUCCAACGCCGGCGCUGAAGACCUUUUGGAUGGCGAGCUGGCUGGUCUCUUGGCGGAUCAAGGGGACUCUGUGCCUGCGAUCGUCGAUGCGCCCAUAGGUCGAAAUGGAAGACCUCAGCGUAUCAGACGUCCCCCAGCUCAUAGGACCGCAUCGAAUAGUCCUGCAGUACAAGUGGCUCCUCCUUUAUCCAGCGCACCUAAUCCCGCAAGGUCGGAUCACACCGCAGAUGGACAAAAAUCUCAGUCUACAACCAGGCACAGGGCAUCCUCCAAGAGACCUGCAGCGAUGGUUGCUUCGCAGCUCAAUACGGGUGUAAUUGCAGAGGAGCCGCAAGGGAAGGGCUCAAUCCCCAACGAUGUCCCGCAGAGCGGCACGAAUGUCCUUGGUGCGCCCCUCGCUGCUGCUGAAAAUCAGGCCGUCGUUGGCGCGCUUGGCGCAGCUUCGUCGUCCGAUGCAACAAGCGAGGCAAUCGCGCCCAUCACCGAAGCCUCACCGAAAGAAGCGCCAGAGCUGCUUGGAAUUGUCCAUCAACCAACACGCCUCGAGGGGCAAAGGCAAGGCGCUGGCGUCGAGAUGCACUCUCAAGCAGGGGCCCAAGCAUCGAGCGGGGUGCAGAUUCGACCUUUGCCCCUCGUGGAGGGAGCAGAUGAGAUGAUCGCGGGCGCAGACAGCCCAAAGCACGCGGCGCUCGGCGCAAGCUCUUCGAUUCAAGCGACCACGGCCGGAUCUGGAGAACAGGAUGUCGACAUGCUCAUUUCGGACGUCGAGGAGAAUGAGGAAGUGGACGAGUUGAAUCAGGACGAGGUGGCGGCUAGGGCCCUCUUGGCUGCUUCCUUGGCUUGA